AUGUCCGGUAUUGCAGAAGCAAGUCUUGUUCUCGGGAUCAUUUCUUCGAUCAUCUCCAUCGUCACUGCAACAAAACACAUAUACGAGACAGCGAACGACGCCAGUGGCUUGCCCAAAGCAUUCCACAAGGUUACUGCAAAGCUCCCGAUCGUAGUCCUCAUCCUGCAACAAGCCAAUGGGUACAUCCAGAAGCCACAUGUUGAUCAGGUCACUCGUGAUGCUUUUAGAACAGUACUUUCUCGCUGUGAGCUGAGCGCAAAAGAAUUGCUUGACAUAUUCGCAAAAGCGCUCCCAAAAGAUGGCACAUCGAGAGUCGAGAAAUAUCUCUCCGCGGCAAAGAAGAUAGGACAGGGAAGCCGAGUGAAAGAACUUACAGCGGAUAUUUUGCAAGAAAUCGGUUUGCUGCUAGCUUCUACUUCGUUUGCAACCCAACAGGCUGUGCAGGCUGUGGAAGAAGCACUUAGAGAUGUCUCCGCAGUCGAGAUCCAGUUGCGGGGUGAUCUCACCACUGAAUCCCCGCCCCAAAUGCUGCAGCAAAUUCAGUAUACAGAUAAUCGAAACAAUGAAAGAAGCUCGGAGCCUAAAACGAUCUUGUGUGGCUGGCUUUUGCCAGACGGGCUGUCAAUGUCGAAAACAGCAACCGAGCAUGAGGCGUACUUGCGAAAAAGGUUUCAAAAUUCGGAAACGACAUACAAUUCUUGCCAAUGGUUCUUCAAGGCAGCUGAGUACAAGCAAUUUGCGAAAGGAGACUCUUCCGCGAUACUGAGGAUUAAAGGAUCGCCUGGCUGUGGCAAGUCAGUUUUGAUGGCAUCCAUAAUACAUGAUCUGGGGAUCUCCCAUCCCGCUGGCAGCUCCAUGAAAGUUUUGUACUGCUACUGCAGUCAAGAUCCUGAGAAACAUAGUUCAAUGGCAAUAGUCAGAGUACUUCUUGCCCAUACGCUGGCUUGGGCAACCCCGGAGAUGAUUACGGAGGUCAAGAAAGUUUAUUCGGCCCAUCUGGGUCCGAAAGUUCACGAUAUAAGCAAGAUUGAAGGGGAUCUUUGGCGUCUUCUACGAACCGUUCUCGGCAUGCACGACCAGAAAACGUUUAUUGUUGUUGACGGAAUUGACAAUUGUGAGCAGCCAGUGAUUUGUGCACGAUCCUUGAUCAAAGUCACAACGACACUUGCCUCGAAGGCUCAUUGUGGCCUUCUACUCUCAUCCAGGCUAGAUCGUCGAGAUGUUUUCGAAAGCACAAGUAUACAAGCUUCCAUGGCAAAGAGCAGUGUGGGAUGCAUCCAACUAGAAAUUACAACAGAACUAACUAGACAAGACCUGGCGGAGUUCGUGUCAUAUCAUGUGUCUACCGGUCCCUCGUUUCUGUCGUCGUCACAGAUCAUACGAGACAAGAUAGUCAAGUCUGUGUGCAACCGAGCCCAUGGCAUGUUCUUGUAUGCAAGUCUUGCUCUGGAAGAUCUCAACGGGGAAGCCAUAUCAUCAAUUGCAGAUGUUGACAUCGCCCUGGCAAAUUUGCCGGCAGACCUGUUCAACGGCUACAGAAAACAACUUCAACUUCCCAUAAGAUCUCGAAGGGGACCUGAAGCAUUCAGUUGGAUAUUCUGGGCAAGCCCAAGAUUGACCUGGGAUGAGUUUAGAAGCGCACUCACAAUCGGAGAAGGCGAGUACGAUGAAAAUCACGUCAUCUUAGACAGCUGCGAUACCUUCAUUGAGCACACCUGCGGACAGCUGGUAGAAUCAUUUGGCGACAUGGAACAGUUGAGAUUUAUCCACCCAACAGUAACAGAUUUUUUGGACUCCGAGGCAGAGGCUGGAGAUCCCUUGAACAUCCGAAGCGGGCCCUCACUGAUAGCCAGCAAGUUAUUAACGUUUCUAGAGUAUCCGGACCUGCCAUCAUUCACAUCGCCUAUAACACAGAAUCCCCGAGAAACUAUUCAGGGUUGCGCCAACAAAAAUGGUCGUGGAGUAUAUAAUUUCGCUAUUUCAAAUUGGUACAAGUAUCUUAAAAAAUGCCACAAAGAUCGAGAUCAGCAGUUGGAGGUCCAAGUUCGGCGGUUUCUGCUGUCAAAAUCCUUCAUUCGCUGGCUAAAAACCGCCGUCAUCAUGUCUCAGAUUUCUCGCGAUGGACAAGACAGUGUAUCUUUGACAGCCGAUGUUGUAGAUAGCCUACAAAGCUGGGUAUCAGACAGAUCUUGGGCUUUGACCGAUUCGGAACCUGUUAUUCAAUCAUGGAUCAAACAUUUUCUCGACCUGAUGUUGGACUGGGGGAAGGUUAUUGCGACCCAACCUGAUUGGAUCCACUUUCUGCAUCAGCAAUUACUUCCAACAUCUAGUUCAUUUCGAGCUGUCCUCGAAGAGAACGACAGUGACCAAGCUAUAAUUCAGUUCAGUGUGCAGCCAAUCAGUACCAAGCGUUCCGAGCCUAUUAUAUGGCCAAAGGAUUGCUUUGCUACGGAUCUCGAAAAGGAUCUCGCUUUCACAUUCGAAGCGCCCUUUAUCAGUUGCUACCACAUUAAAACUGGCUUGAUGACGGCAGAGGUCCUUGUGCCUGUUCCACCUAAAGUUCAAGGACCGUUAGUAGUGCGAAGAGGCUUGUUAUGCCCGCAGGGGAAGUACCUAGCUGUUAUUUUUGAAGCACUUGGCCCAUCAACAAAUCCCGUUGCGAAUAAGAUACGAGAAGGGCGACGUCUUUGCCUAAACAUGGCAACGACAGGGUUUAAGUGGGCAUUGGACGAUGCAUCCUUAACUUUUGAUCUAUCGGGAAUCUUAGCUCACAUGGCAGUCGGAGUAAAUGCAGCAGAGUUUGUGAUUUGCUUGCUGGAAAUACGCCAUACAGGACCCGCUAGAACACACUUGUUUGGCAUUCCGAGCUGGGCAACGAGUCCGAUAGUUGCAACUGGCACUCAAACAAUGAGAUGGGAUCUUGACGAUGUAGAUGUUCUCCAGUUCUCAGAUGAUUCUUCAAAGCUCAUAACCGCUUUCGGUACCUUUGAUACGGAUUCUGGACGGUUCCAGAAGCAUUGGCAGAUGGCAUUAGGUCAUCUGCACCAAGGCGGUAAGGUCAGCAAGGACCUCAAAACCUUUGUGACAGUCCUUCGGGAUAUUGAGGGUGACUGUAUCGUUCAAUUCUUCGAAUUUGGCAAUGCCAGGACCAAGUCCGUGGAACGACCGUCCCGAAACGUUAGAUUCACUGGGGUGAUUCAUCUUCUAGCUGUCAGCAAUCAUGGCCGUUUCUUGCUACUGACCAGAAGAGAGCUUGCCCCAGUGGCGAGGAGAACGAAAGCUCGGAGUGCUGCGACGACUAUCCAAGAAGCAUCAAUCGGCGUUUGGGACUGUCGUGAUGGAGAAUGGACGCCUCUACUGCUUCUUGAUCGGAACUUCGUCAAUAAGCUACAACAUUGGAACUUCUUUCCGUACACCUUUCAACCUGAAUUUGGCCCAGAAGCAUUGAUGGAGAGCGACGUAAACAGAGUUCUCCUUUGUGUGCCUGCAAAGUGGAAGCUUUCAGGUAAUGUCCGAACGAACAAGGCUCUGAAUCCGGCAGAAUCUCAUCUGCUGCUGUUCGAAUCAAAGGACUCCCAGAGAGGGUUUGGGAAGAACCCAGCAUUGAAGUUCCAACUUCUUGCAAAUACCUUCAAUUUCAGCAGCUCAGCAGCAUCAGGAAUUAAGUUGUUCUCUUGGAGUCCAACUUUCCAUGAGGCGACAAUAUACCAACACGGUUCGAUAAGCAAGCUCGACCAUGAACAAUUGAAGACGUUGAGCCGACCAAACACAAACAGUAACAUUGUUUCUGAGCCUCCCACCAUCUCAGCCAAAGCGCACCCUCUUCAGUGCUUUUGUGCUCUCGUAAGGUCGCAAACCGGCUCUGCUACUUUCCACAUUCGUAUAUCAGUUUAUGCAGCAAACAAAAACACGGACAAUUUAAUAGAUGGAUCGACAGAUAUGACUGCAGAGUCUGAGGUCUGCCAGAGCAUCACUUACGAUAUUUCCAUUUCUUGCCUCUUAGCAGGGGAGGAACAAGCGAGGAACUUCUCUGUCACAUAUUCCCCAUCACCGAUGACUUGUCAGCCACGAAUUGAAAGUCAGCUUACUUGCUCCUCAGACGAGAAUUCGAUAUCCCUUGGAUUCCUUGAGCUAGAGGUAUCGCAUGAUGAUGAAAGCCACUCUAUUUUGGUCAAUAACGCAGGUGAUUCUCUAUUUCAUCGUGCCAUGGAACGUUUCCGCCUGGGUUCUCACCCUCUUAAGACGCCGAUCACAGAAACAACUGCCGUUGCGGUUAUCCACAACGCGGCUACACCGCGAUAUGUUAUUUUCACAGAGUCUCAAAUGAACUUCGAGGACAUGAGUACCGUGCACGAAGAUGACGCAGAUUGUUUCAUCUUCAAAGGCGACACUUCUCUCCAGGAUAGUCAACAUGUUUUCCAGGUUUCCAGAAAGCUCAAAAGCAGCUCGGAGCAGUUUGAACAUAGAGAGGCGACUCAAUUUGAGGUGUGUUUGUUCGUAUAUGACGAGGAGACCGAAGACAUCAGUUGGAUGUUGCAUACAACCACUGGAGGUGAUAUAUCCGGGAGUAGGGAACGACUCCCAGAGACGGCCUGGGCUCUACACCAAGAACUCCCACUCCUAGCUUGGCUGCUUCCCGGACAUAGGCUAAGGAUCUCCAACAUCGAAGGGUAUGGAGCACCUCUGACAAUUGCAGAGUCUCUCAGCAUCGAUGUGGAAUCGACACAUGCUAUUUCCUUCUCAAACGAUGGCCGCUACGUUCUUGUGCAAGCCCAAGAGAGCUUCAAGAAUGACCUGAUGAGUCUACAGAGAAGUAAGAAUCUGUGGGGCGUGAUUCUUUGUGACCUUCAAGAAGGAGCAACUGUUGGAGCCACUCUGGUCAGUGAUUCUCCGGUAUCGGUUGACGUGAGGGACGGAGUCCUGUGUACAUACCGCCUAACGAGAGAUGGGGCCGUGGAAAGCACAACAUACACCCUCCCAGGACUGUCCUUGACGCAACGACAAUAUCUGACCUUCAUACCUGACGGCUGUUGCUGCUCUACGUGUGGCCAGGGCUUUGACUCGCAGUGCGAGGUGUCUGUCGUUGAUCAAGAAGGAGGAGUUUUGGCCAUUCUCGGGCACACAAGAGUGGGACUUGGCAGAGCCCCGAUAAACGAUGAAAUAUGUCAGCCACUGAUGAUACGUAUCACUACUCCACCGGUCGAGCUCAACAUCCAUACAAUACGCGAGGCUGUGUUUGUUAUUGGGUCUAAACGACUAUUUCCGGCACUUCUUGAUAAUCAGGGACAGAUUCUGGACAGUGCAUUCUCUUCAAGAGCUGAUGACAUGCGUAAAUCGUGCGUGAAAGCUCAAGAAGAUGACUGCUAUUGCGAAAAGUGCUUACUAGAAGCCAUGACACAAGACAGUCCACAGGAUAUUACCUGGAUACCGCAGAUGGAAUCCAAAAUCUCCGACUUCAAGCUACCCUCUGGUUUAGCCGUGCCACCAGAGCAAAUUGAACAUCUUCACAGGCUUUCUGAGAAUGCUGGUGUCAAGGACACUAGCAUCUGGCAAUAUUCGACACAGUCAGGGCAAGAUUCCAUCGAAAGAUGGAAAGGUAUACUGGGCGACGAAACGUUUCCCUGGGACAGUUGGGGACAGUUCAAGGAAGCGAUGGACGAUAUCAAAGACGACUUCGACCUCGAAGCAUACAUGAAACAUAUGUUCGAACCAGGAAACUGUGGUACUGGAUGUAAAGUUCCUCUCUUCGUUCAUACUUUUUCCUUUGGAGCCAGCAACGAGCCGAAGGACUUCCACUGGUCUUCCUCGACAACAACAGGCUGGUUGGAGGAAGAUUUAGUGUGGUACUAUGAGCGUUUCUUCGAUGGCAACUUCGAGGGUGCAAGAUUCUGGUACGAAUUCCCUGCAUACAAAGCUCUCGGCCUGAAAAUGGACAAGUUGAGGCAAGAUAAGACUGCCAAGGGGAAAAGGUUCCGAAAAUAUUUCGGCUCCAGCGCCAACAAGCAGGACAAAGCUUUGGAACCUGAGUUGUCCAACAAGGAUGCUGAAGCUUCAUUUGAGGUGAAUGGUGUGCCGCUUGAUGAUGUCUUGAAGCCUGUGGUACCUGGUCUGAUCAUGAAAGAUCUUUUUGAUUCGAUGUCGGAUUUGGUCCCAGGUUUAGGGAAAGUCUUCGAGCAAAGGCUGCAUACUAUGUUAAGUCAGAGUAUGAUCGAGAAUCUGAUGGAUUAG